ACAUUGGGUUUUCCCGCUCAAAUUUGACAAUAAAAACAAGUACAAUGUCAAGUAGCCCGUUCCCUUACACCUGUGAGCUAUGUGGCGCAGAGGGCUUGACGGACGAGGGUAUGAGGUCCCACACCUUGGAGGCCCACGUGGCUGGCAGGCCAGAUUGCCCGUUCUGCGACUGUACUGUACCACAACCACAGCUCGUGAGCCAUGUGCAGAGGGUCCAUCUCCAUUAUCUAACACCGGAGAGGGAAUUAAUGGCGUUCAUAGAUGACCAAAGCCCGGGGUAUGACGAGGAUUCAAAAAUGACCACUACAGAUAGCUGUAGCUAUAACACGCCAGGGUCAAUAAACGGAUGGCACAGCCCUGUAGAAGUUUCAACUUCGUUCCAUAACGGUGCAAUUUCAAAAAAUAAUUACUAUCACAAUGGUUAUCAAGAUAAGGAUAACUCGAAUUGUAAUCAUAGGAGUGAAAAAGAUGAAGAACGGUUCUCGCGGUCACCGAAAAAUAUUAAUCUAGCUAAUGGUAUAAAAAAUAUCAAUAUUAGUAAUGGCGUGACGGGGAAGAAAACUCGGAGUAAGGAAAAUUCGGUUGAAAAUGAAUUAUUGAAUGGACACGAUAAAGAAUGUCUACACUCGAGCCCUACCCACAAUAAUAUGAAUAACUAUGAUGGUUCGCCUAAAAAUAGUAAGCUUUCUAUGGCGAGCGCUGGACAGGGAUCGCCUUUACGAUCGCAACUAGCUUUAAAAUUGAAAUCGAAUACACCAAAGAAAUUAGCACCAACUCCUAGUCCAACUGUUCAGUGCCUCUUAUGUGAUUUUACAUCAACAUGUCCGCGGAAAUUGGAAGAACACAUAAACCGUGCUCACUUCGAUUUAACAUCACCAUCGGUUAUGGGAAAUGAAAAUUCAAAUAUCGAUAACGCGACUUUGGGACUUCUAAAUCCUACAAUAAACUUGGAUAAUCCAACUUUGGCGUUGAGUGCGAUGGCUAUGUCACCUGGGCCUCAUAGCUCGUCAUUUCAGUGUCCAAUAUGUGAAAAGGAAUUUGCAAAUGGGUCAGAAGUGGAAGUUCAUGUGAAUGUGGAACAUCGAGAUAUAUUGAGCCCUCAGAAAGCUGACCAAGUGGACAAUGCAUCAUGUGACGAUGUUGUUAUGAUGGAAGAGAGUCCUGUCAGCAACUGUCCCAUUUGUUGUCAGCCGCUUCCACUCUCACAACAUGAAUUGAUUCAACACAUAGAAGAACAUUUUGAAAGGGGUGAAGAUGUCGGAGCUUCCACAUUAUCUGAUGCUGAAAGAGAAGCACAGAGGACCAGAGAAGAACAGGAAUUUCAAUUACUCAGAGCUCAAUAUGGUAUGGAGGAAGAUGAAGAAGGCUACAGUAGCAGAGCAGCGAGUAGCUUGAAGCGAGCGGUGUACAGUGGAGCCCUAUCUGUCGCGGGUUACUAUGAGCGCAGUGUAGGGCUCCGACGGGCCUCCGCAUCCGGCCUUGAUACAGGGUGUUCUAAAACUAGUGGUAUUUUAGAAAGGAUAGUGCAACUAAACGCUCAAAAUCCAAGUAUAGUUAAAACAUAUUUGUGUAGUGCGGUGGACCACUAUGCCAGUACAUAUGGUGAUAGAGGCUGGGGCUGUGGAUAUAGGAACAUGCAAAUGGUGCUAUCGUCUCUCGUCCGUCACCCGGCGUACAGCGCGCGGCUGAGCGCCGUGUGGGAGCGCGAGGGGGACGGCGUGCCCUCCAUCCCGGCGCUGCAGCGGCUCGUGGAGCGCGCCUGGGCAAGGGGCUUCGACACGCAGGGUUCAGAGCAACUGGGCUGCAAGCUGCACAACACAAGGAAGUGGAUCGGCGCGUGCGAAGUUGUCACCGUGUUGUCUUCACUCAGGAUAAAGUGUUCGUUAAUCGACUUCCACAAGCCGACAUCAGCGGACGGCAGCCACCCAGCCCUAUUUGACUGGGUUCACAAAUACUUCCACGAUGAGCCGACUUCUUUCAAACCACCACUGUACUUACAGCAUCAGGGUCACUCACGCACAAUUAUAGGGUACGAGAAGCACAAAGACGGCAAGGCGACGCUACUUGUGUUGGAUCCGUCACAUUCGCCGGCACAGGUACGUGCGGUAACAUGCGACAGGUCCGGUGGCGGAGCCCUACGGUUGCUACGGCGCGGAGCCCCGGCGCUACGUGCGCGCCAGUACCAGCUGCUGUGCGUAACCGGCCUUAUACAAAGUGACCGGGAGUAUGAGGCAAGCAAAGUGCUGCAGUCGAUCCGUAUCCCAUAGACCCAGUACCACGAGGCCCGACUACAGUGUACCGCUGCAGUAAACACGCAUACACACAUUAUGUUAUUUAUUUAUUUACUAAUGUACAUGAGUUACAAUUAUUUUAAAAUUAUCGAUUUUUAGAAGUUAUGUUCGUAAAUUAUUGUAA